GGCGCGGGCGCAGUGCACGCUGGGAGCUGUCACUAGGCCCUUCGGCUCCCGGCCUCCCUGUAGCUGCCGCGGUUGCCAGGAGAGCGGCGCCGGCAGGGAGCGGCCGAACCCACGGCAGGUAAUGAUUUUACAUGACUUUGGAAUUGGUCUCUAGUGGGACGCUGUGGGAGGAUGAACACAGAAGAGCUGGAGUUACUGAGUGACUCCAAAUACAGAAACUAUGUAGCUGCAAUUGACAAAGCACUGAAGAAUUUUGAAUACUCCAGUGAAUGGGCAGAUUUGAUAUCGGCACUUGGAAAACUUAAUAAGGUUUUACAGAAUAAUGCAAAGUACCAAGUAGUACCCAAAAAGCUGACCAUAGGCAAACGCCUAGCUCAAUGUCUACAUCCAGCACUACCAGGUGGAGUUCACCGGAAGGCACUUGAAACAUACGAAAUUAUCUUCAAAAUCAUUGGACCUAAGCGACUUGCCAAAGAUCUUUUUUUAUAUAGUUCUGGACUAUUUCCUCUUCUUGCAAAUGCUGCCAUGUCAGUGAAACCAACGUUGCUCAGUUUAUAUGAGAUGUAUUAUCUGCCUUUGGGUAAAACACUGAAGCCUGGUCUACAAGGAUUGCUAACUGGUAUUCUUCCUGGCUUAGAAGAAGGAUCAGAGUACUAUGAGAGAACAAACACACUCCUGGAAAAGGUGGCUGCAGCAGUGGACCAGUCAGCAUUCUACAGUGCCCUCUGGGGGAGUCUUCUCACCAGUCCUGCUGUGCGUUUACCUGGAAUCACGUAUGUUCUCGCCCAUUUGAACAGGAAGCUUUCCAUGGAAGAUCAGCUUUAUAUAAUUGGCAGUGAUAUUGAGCUAAUGGUAGAAGCAGUAAGUACUUCAGUGCAGGAUUCAAGUGUACUCGUACAGAGAAGCACGCUGGACCUCAUACUCUUCUGUUUUCCAUUCCACAUGAGUCAGGCCACUCGACCAGAUAUGAUCAGGAUCUUGUCAGCAGCCCUUCACGUAGUGCUAAGGAGGGAUAUGUCCCUGAACCGAAGACUUUACGCGUGGCUUCUCGGUUUUGAUAACAACGGUGCUAUCAUAGGACCCAGAAGCACAAGACACAGUAAUCCUGAAGAACACGCCACUUACUAUUUCACUACCUUUUCAAAAGAAUUGUUGGUUCAGGCAAUGGUAGGGAUCUUACAAGUGAAUGGAUUUGGAGAAGAGAGCACUUUAAUGCAGGAUCUAAAACCUUUCCGUAUUUUGAUCAGUCUACUGGACAAACCUGAGCUAGGACCUGUAAUUCUGGAAGAUGUUCUAAUUGAAGUGUUUAGAACAUUAUAUUCUCAAUGCAAAGCAGAAUUGGAUCUUCAAAUGGACCCACCCUUCUGCAAGGACCAUGCUCAGUUAAGCAGUAAAUUAAGGGAAAAUAAGAAAACAGCGGAACUGAUUAAAACUGCCAACCUUCUCUUUAAUUCUUUUGAGCCUUAUUAUAUGUGGGAUUAUGUUGCACGUUGGUUUGAAGAAUGUUGUAGGAGGACACUGCAUGCCAGACUUCAGAUUGGGCCUGGAGAUAGUAGUGAGUCAUCUGAGUUACAGCUAACCAAUUUCUGCUUACUGGUGGAUUUUUUGUUGGAUAUAGUUUCUUUGCCUACUAGAAGUAUGAGGGUGCUGUGUCAGGAGACUUAUAUUGAAAUCCAGACAGAACACUUGCCCCAGUUGCUGCUCAGGAUGGUAUCUGCCCUGAUAAGCCAUCUCCAGACACUGCACUUGUCUGAACUCACAGAUUCACUCAGGCUCUGCUCAAAAAUCCUUAGCAAGGUUCAACCUCCUCUGUUAUCUGCCAGCACUGGAGGUGUGUUGCAGUUUCCAAGUGGAAAGAACAACUCAGUCAAGGAAUGGGAAGACAAAAAGGAGCAGUGGGAAGACACUGAAGGGAAAAAGGUAUCAUCAGUGUCUCUUGAAAAUCCUAGUGAAGUGUUUGAAGAUGGAGAAAAUCCACCAAGCAGUCGAUCAUCAGAGAGUGGGUUCACUGAGUUUGUACAGUAUCAAGCAGACCGAACUGAUGACACGGACAGAGAACUGAAUGAGGGACAGGGGGCAGCUGCCAUCCCAACUGGUAGCACAUCCUCCGAGACAGAAACGGCCUCCACUGUGGGAUCUGAAGAAACUAUCAUCCAGCCGCCUUCUGUCGUCACUCAGGGAUCAGCCUCCCAAAGUGGGAAGACAGCCCAGAAAACUGCAAUGCAGUGCUGCUUGGAGUAUGUCCAGCAGUUUCUCACCAGACUUAUCAACCUCUACAUCAUUCAGAGUAACUCUCUUUCUCAGGCUUUGGCUACAGAGCAUCAAGGGGAGCUCAGUCGAGAGCAAGGAGAGACCUUGAAAUGGGACAGGGAUUCACAUGGAGAUGUAAAAGAGAGAAACAUAAGUAAACAAAAAACUUCAAAAGAAUACCUUUCUGCCUUCCUUGCUGCCUGUCAGCUCUUCCUGGAGUGCUCAAGUUUCCCAGUUUACAUUGCUGAGGGAAACCAUACGUCAGAGUUACGUUCUGAAAAAUCAGAGACUGACUGGGAGCAUGUGCAGCCUCCACUGUGGCUCCAGACUCUGAUGAAUGCUUGCAGCCAAGCAAGUGAUUUCAGUGUGCAGAGCGUUGCUAUUUCACUUGUCAUGGACCUGGUAGGAUUGACUCAGUCUGUGGCCAUGGUCACGGGGGAGAACAUCAACAGUGUGGAGCCCACACAACCCUUAAGUCCAAACCAGGGAAGAGUAGCUGUGGUUAUUAGACCUCCCCUCACUCCCGGCAAUCUGAGAUACAUAGCUGAGAAGACUCAGUUUUUCAAGCAUGUAGCUUUAACUUUGUGGGACCAGCUGGGAGACGGGACGCCUCAGUACCACCAGAAGAGUGUGGAACUGUUUUAUCAGUUACAUAACUUGGUUCCUUCUUCAAGCAUCUGUGAGGAUGUUAUAAGUCAGCAGUUAACCCAUAAAGAUAAGAAAAUAAGGAUGGAGGCACAUGCAAAGUUUGCAGUUCUUUGGCAUUUAACGAGGGACCUCCAUAUAAACAAGUCUUCAUCCUUUGCAAGAUCUUUUGACAGGUCACUGUUCAUCAUGUUAGAUAGCCUUAACAGUCUCGAUGGUUCUACUAGCUCUGUGGGACAAGCCUGGCUGAACCAAGUCCUACAAAGACAUGAUAUCGCGAGAGUUUUGGAGCCAUUGCUAUUGCUCUUGCUUCACCCCAAAACUCAGAGGGUUUCAGUGCAGCGUGUACAAGCAGAACGUUAUUGGAAUAAGGUUCCCUGUUAUCCUGGAGAAGAGAGUGACAAGCAUUUCAUGCAGACUUUUUCCUGCAAUAAUGUAAGCCAGGUACAACUCAUUGCAUCUAAAGGAAGUGGUGAAAAGACACUUACCAUGGAUGAAGUAGAGAACUUCAGUCUUACCGUGAAUCCAUUAAGUGACAGAUUGUCCCUUCUGAGUACCAGCAGUGAGACAAUUCCAAUGGUUGUAUCUGAGUUUGAUCUUCCAGACCAACAGAUAGAAAUACUUCAGAGUUCUGACUCUGGAUGUUCACAGUCCUCUGCUGGAGACAACUUGAGUUAUGAAGUUGAUCCUGAAAACGUGAAUGCCCAAGAGGACACCCACUUGCCAGACGCAAGCUCCCCAGAUGAUGAUGUUCAGCAGGUCGUGUUUGACCUGAUAUGUAAGGUCGUAAGUGGCCUUGAAGCAGAAUCCGCAUCUGUGACAUCUCAGUUAGAAGUUGAAGGUAUGCCCCCAAAGGACAGUGAUGCAGAUCCAGGCGAGGAGGUAAUGAAAAGUGAAGAUCAGUCUGCUCAGCAGAGCCAGAGUGCUAUGCUGAGUAACGAAGGUUCUCCAUUUCUGUCUGUGUCCGCAGAGGGAGGCUGUGAGUGUGUGCCGAAUGGCAUCUCCAGAAAUAGCUCCUCACCUUGCAUUUCAGGAAGCACACAGACUUUCCAUGACUCUUCUGUUGCUUCUGCAGAAACCAAAUCUAGACAGAGAAGUCACAGCAGUAUUCAGUUCAGCUUCAAGGAGAAAUUAUCAGAAAAAGUCUCAGAGAAGGAAACAAUUGUUAAGGAGUCAGGUAAACAACCAGGAGCAAAACCUAAAGUAAAACUUGCCAGAAAAAAGGAUGAUGACAAGAAAAAAACUUCAAAUGAAAAACUCAAACAAACCAGUGUAUUCUUUAGUGAUGGUCUGGAUUUAGAGAACUGGUAUAGCUGUGGAGAGGGAGAAAUUUCUGAAAUUGAGAGUGACAUGGGUUCUCCAGGAUCACGGAAAUCUCCCAACUUCAACAUCCAUCCUCUUUAUCAGCAUGUGCUUUUGUAUCUCCAGUUGUAUGAUUCAUCAAGGACUCUGUAUGCUUUUUCUGCCAUCAAGGCCAUCUUGAAAACUAACCCUAUUGCUUUUGUAAAUGCCAUUUCAACCACCAGUGUAAAUAACGCAUAUACCCCUCAGUUGUCUCUGCUUCAGAAUCUCUUGGCCAGACACCGGAUUUCUGUUAUGGGCAAAGAUUUUUACAGUCACAUUCCAGUGGACUCAAAUCAUAAUUUCCGGAGUUCUAUGUACAUAGAAAUUCUUAUUUCCCUCUGCUUAUAUUACAUGCGUAGCCAUUACCCAACUCAUGUCAAGGUCACGGCACAAGAUUUAAUAGGCAAUCGAAACAUGCAGAUGAUGAGCAUAGAAAUUUUGACACUCCUCUUCACUGAGCUGGCAAAAGUCAUAGAAAGCUCAGCAAAAGGCUUCCCUAGUUUUAUCUCUGAUAUGUUAUCUAAGUGCAAAGUUCAGAAAGUGAUUCUUCACUGUUUGCUGUCAUCCAUCUUUAGUGCACAGAAAUGGCAUAGUGAAAAGAUGGCAGGUAAGAACAUGGUUGCUGUGGAAGAAGGUUUCUCAGAGGACAGCCUUAUCAAUUUCUCAGAAGAUGAAUUUGACAAUGGCAGCACACUCCAGUCUCAACUUCUGAAGGUGCUUCAGAGGCUCAUUGUUCUAGAACACAGGGUAAUGACUAUCCCCGAAGAGAAUGAAACGGGUUUUGAUUUUGUUGUAUCUGAUCUGGAACACAUCAAUCCCCAUCAGCCCAUGACUUCCCUUCAGUAUUUGCAUGCCCAGCCAAUCACAUCUCAAGGCAUGUUCCUGUGUGCAGUGAUACGAGCUUUACAUCAGCACUGUGCUUGUAAGAUGCAUCCGCAAUGGAUUGGUUUGAUCACAUCUACUCUGCCUUACAUGGGAAAAGUUCUCCAGAGAGUGGUUGUUUCUGUGACACUACAACUUUGCAGAAAUUUAGAUAAUCUAAUUCAGCAGUACAAAUAUGAAACAGGAUUAUCUGAUAGUAGAACUUAUGUUCAAAUGGAUACAUUUUAUUUCAGACCUCUGUGGAUGGCAUCAAUUAUUCCACCAGAUAUGAUUCUUACUCUCUUGGAAGGGAUCACAGCCAUUAUCCAUUACUGUUUGCUGGAUCCUACUACACAGUAUCACCAACUUUUGGUCAAUGUAGACCAAAAACAUCUGUUUGAAGCCCGCAGUGGAAUCCUCUCAAUCCUCCAUAUGAUCAUGUCCUCUGUGACACUGCUUUGGAGCAUACUGCAUCAGGCCGAUUCUUCGGAGAAGAUGACUGUGGCUGCAUCGGCCUCUGUUACCACUAUUAAUCUUGGAGUCACGAAGAACUUGAGGCAGCAGAUCCUAGAAUUAUUGGGGCCCAUUUCAAUGAAUCACGGCGUUCACUUUAUGGCUGCCAUUGCAUUUGUAUGGAAUGAAAGAAGACAGAACAAAACUACCACUAGGACCAAGGUUAUUCCUGCAGCCAGUGAAGAACAGCUUUUACUAGUAGAACUGGUUCGCUCAAUCAGUGUCAUGAGAGCAGAAACAGUUAUACAGACUGUGAAGGAAGUUUUAAAGCAGCCCCCAGCCAUAGCCAAGGACAAGAAACAUCUUUCUUUGGAAGUCUGCAUGCUUCAGUUUUUCUAUGCUUAUAUUCAAAGAAUUCCAGUGCCCAAUUUAGUGGAUAGCUGGGCAUCACUGUUGAUACUUCUGAAAGACUCCAUACAAUUGAGUCUUCCGGCCCCAGGGCAGUUUCUUAUACUUGGGGUUUUGAAUGAGUUUAUUAUGAAAAACCCUAGCUUGGAAAAUAAAAAAGACCAAAGAGACCUCCAGGACGUGACUCAUAAAAUAGUGGAUGCAAUUGGUGCAAUUGCUGGUUCUUCUUUGGAACAGACAACAUGGCUGCGGCGAAAUCUUGAAGUUAAGCCUUCUCCCAAAAUAAUGGUAGAUGGAACCAAUUUGGAAUCUGAUGUUGAAGAUAUGUUAUCACCUACAAUGGAAACCUCCAACAUAACUCCUUCUGUGUAUAGUGUCCAUGCAUUGACGUUACUCUCUGAGGUUUUGGCUCAUCUUUUGGAUAUGGUUUUCUACAGUGAUGAGAAAGAACGAGUUAUUCCUUUACUAGUAAACAUUAUGCAUUAUGUUGUGCCCUACCUCCGAAAUCACAGUGCACAUAACGCCCCUAGUUACCGAGCCUGUGUCCAGCUGCUCAGCAGUCUUAGUGGGUAUCAGUACACACGGAGAGCUUGGAAAAAAGAAGCCUUUGACCUCUUUAUGGACCCCAGUUUCUUUCAGAUGGAUGCGUCUUGUGUUAAUCAUUGGAGAGCAAUUAUGGACAAUCUGAUGACACAUGAUAAGACAACAUUUAGAGAUCUGAUGACUCGCGUAGCUGUGGCUCAAAGCAGUUCACUUAAUCUCUUUGCAAACCGUGAUGUGGAGCUAGAGCAGAGAGCUAUGCUUCUCAAAAGAUUAGCAUUUGCUAUUUUUAGCAGUGAAAUUGACCAGUACCAGAAAUAUCUUCCAGAUAUACAAGAGCGAUUGGUUGAGAGUCUCCGUUUGCCCCAGGUGCCAACUCUUCACUCCCAAGUGUUCCUGUUUUUCAGAGUGUUACUUUUAAGAAUGUCUCCACAACAUCUUACCUCGCUCUGGCCUACCAUGAUUACAGAACUUGUACAGGUAUUUUUACUGAUGGAGCAGGAACUCACUGCUGAUGAAGAUAUUUCACGGACUUCAGGCCCCUCUGUGGCUGGUCUGGAGACAACCUACACAGGAGGUAAUGGCUUUUCUACUUCAUAUAACAGCCAGCGGUGGUUAAACCUCUAUCUCUCUGCUUGCAAAUUUUUGGAUUUGGCUCUGGCAUUACCCUCAGAAAAUCUUCCUCAGUUUCAGAUGUACCGAUGGGCCUUUAUUCCAGAAGCCUCAGAUGAUUCAGGUUUGGAAGUCCGAAGGCAGGGCAUACAUCAACGGGAAUUUAAGCCUUAUGUAGUACGACUAGCAAAACUUCUUCGGAAGAGGGCAAAGGACAAGGAAGAGGACUUUAAGACAGUGAUUUUGGAGGGAUUGGAGAUGGCCAAGGAUCAGAAAAAUCCAGAGGAGGACAACUCAGGGAGAGCGCUGGGCUGGGAGCCGGGGCACUUGCUGCUCACCGUGUGCACUGUGCGCAGCCUCGAGCAGCUCCUGCCCUUCUUCAAUGUGCUCAGCCAAGUCUUCAACAGCAAAGUCACCAGCCGAUGCGUAGGACACUCAGGGAGCCCCGUCCUCUACUCAAACGCCUUCCCCAACAAGGACAUGAAGCUGGAAAACCACAAACCGUUUUCCAGCAAAGCCAGGCAAAAAAUAGAAGAGAUGGUAGAGAAAGAUUUUCUGGAAGGGGUGAUAAAAACUUGAGCACCACAAGUGGUUCCAUUUAGUUUAAAUGUAAAUGUAAUUAUUUAAAACAAACAUUGCCCUGAGUUGUAUAGUUUCUUCUUUUUUGUAUGUAACAGAACAUGUUUCAGAUUGUACUUAAUUUAAAUAUUUGUAAAUAAGAACAAAUGUCUGAAUGUGGCCUGAAUCAAGUUUAAAUAUUGUGGGCUCAUAGUGAUUAUGGUGCCUGAGAGAGAUCUAUAUAUACGUAUAGAGUCCAUUACAGUCCAUUGUUUAUUGUCCUGAGUUGUCUUAAACCUGCCAAAUAUACACUGCACAUUUUUAUCUAUUGGUUUCAGGCCUUGUUUAAUUUAGAUUGGUUGGGGGUUUCUUUCUUUCCCUUAUUAACCACAUUCUAGUAUUAGAAUGGUGCCAGUUCUCUGUCAGAGGCCUGGUAAUGUAUCAUGACUAGCUUCUCCCACAUACCUUCACGGAGAGGAGCGAGAAUGACUGAGCCUGGGCCAUGCAGCCCUGUAAGUGCAGCACCUCAACCUCAGUGUGCAGGGGAGGUGCACACUCACACCUCUGAAAUCCUGAUGUCAUUGCAGAGGUAAGUCGUCUAAGAACUGUUCUGAAGACUCUGCUGUGAAAAAUUUGCUUGCAUGACGUCUUCUCCACCCUCCCCAUUUGUAUCAACAGUGGUGAACACCAGCACUGCAAAAUGACACUUUGGUGAAGUAACGACAAUGGAAGAGACAUCACAAAGCGCUGUAACAAAUUACAAGACCCUUAAAUAAAUGGAAAACAAGUCACAUUCUUCUGAAUCAGAUUCUACUCCUCAGCUUCUAGCCUCUGGUAGUGCUCUGUGAACUGAGAAUAAUGCAGAGGAAAUAUUUCACUUGAAACAGUAGGCUAUCCAGGAUCUGCUUCAAAGUAAGAUGGGGGACGUGGAGAGCACUCGCUGAAAUCGGCUGAAGCUGGGUACAGAGAGAUCCGUGUAGAGAGCAUCCCACUGCUGUAUGGUCAGGCCCUUCAGAGCCAAGACUGCCUCAAUCACCAGCAUGUCAGAAAUAGCAUCACCAGUUGCCUGCAAGGAAGACAAGAGCACAAGCAAAGCUUGGAUGUGAAUGCCUUCUGUCUGUCCUGGCUGCCUCCUCCCCAACUCAGCACUACUGACUGGUGUGAGGAGACAUGAACACUAGUGAGGGAAAGGCAUCUGUGGAAGACAACAAUAAAGGGUAUACAAAGAAUUCUGAUACUAGCUUGCCUUCAAUCUUCCUGCUAAUCUAUAGAAUGAAAUUAGACUGGCUAACUCUUAGGAUUCGAGCAUUAACCCUCUUAUGACUCAGAAUUUUCUCUAGAUUCCUUCUGAGAUACUGUGCUGUGACGAUGGAAGGUAAAAUGGAGAAACAGGAGUUGGUGUUAAGACACACUUCAAGUUGGAUCCAUACUCUGCCAUUCAGUAGCUCUGAGUCUGAGUCUAUGUUUCAUUUAUAAAACAGGAAUUCUAAUGCCCCCUCUCCCUGUGUUACUGCAGGCAUCACAGUGAGGUAUGUGAAGUGCCCAGCGUGUACGAGACACUCAGAUGUCACUUCUACUGCUUUUCGCUGACCCACAUUUUGCUCUUCCACUGCCACUCUACACUCCAGUCCCAAUAGUCUGACCCACAUAUGUCCUUUGUCAGGGUUAUUUUUCCUGAAUUUUCCUCAAAAGGUUGGAUUAAAAAAUAUUUAGCCUCAUAGAUAUUUAGUUUACAUGCUUCAGAUUGUCACGUAAUAGUAGCCUACACCUGGAGUCACCAGACUCAACUACUAUCUGUCACCACAUUUCAGUGUAAGUCUUAACUGUUGCAAGGAAGCUGCCAGGACUUCUCCACUUUGUUUUCCGUACAGCACAUAAUUCUGCCCACCUUCUGGAUAAAGUAAAAGUAACCAAGAGCCCACCACCCCAUAGUUCUGACCUGGUUAAACAAGUCAAUAACGUUUUCAAGCAUCUUAGCAGCUUUGCUUUUCUUAUCUUCUAAUUCUUUUGCUAGUUGUUUUAUCUUCGUUUCAGCAGCUUUACUAAACAGGACCUAUAAUGAAAGCAUACACAAUCGCAAUACUUAUGAAUGAGGCAUAGACAGUGUUCUAUCAUCCUAGCUAAACUACUUUUGAAACUCUCAAUGAAGCUGGAGAAAAUGAGGGGAGAAAAAAUGGCAGCCUUAGAAUGAACCCACAAGAUAUUACAAGGAGGGUCCCUUUAUGGAUUGAUUAGAAGACUGGUUAUCAAAAUGUAAAGAGCUGAUUACAAAGCAAGUAUCACACUGGCAAAGGUGAACGCCCACAGUGAGUUUAUAAUGCUGCCUUCAGCCACCUAAGCCAGUUCCAGGCAACCAGGUUCCUUAGGCUUUAUCUGUAAACAUUUUACUUUGAAGAAUGUAAUUCGUUGCAACUAGUAGAGUUUUCUUGUCCUGCAUUUUUAAGGAUAUAAGCUAGGCAGAAGUAGAAAAGAGUUUCAUCAUAUAUACCACAUUAUGGCAAACAGUGCCAUGGAUAUUUAGUUUAAUAUACAUCGUGUUCCUCAAGAUUCCUGUCAUUUUGCAUUGCCUUGCCCAUGACCUUAGUGCCUUCGGAGGCCCCAUGCUGAAGACGAGUAGCACACUAGAUUCAGCCACUUAAGGAAAUACAUCUGUCAGUGAACUAAGGUGCAGGCUGGUCACGUGUUCUUUGGGACCACGGCCACUCCCAUUCAUUUAUCCUCCACCAGAAGGUCUGAGCAGAUGCAACACACAUCUCGUGGCCCACAAAGACUGAAAUAUUUACUAUCUGCCCUCAAAUCGUUUACCAACCACUGCAUUAGAUCACUGAAGUUAUAUUUUAACUGAAUUUUCUAAGAACUUACUAUUUUUCUUCUAUUUAAGGCCUCUACCAGCCAAUUUCAAAUUAAUGAAAAGGAUUUGACCUAGAUAACAUUGUUGGCUACCUGAAAUCCAUUUAUGAAAUAAGGCUAGUAUAAAAAUAUUUAUUAAAGUUCUGAACCUUAUGAAUAUACUAAAGACCUAUUAAUAGACAUUAAAGUGGUGAAAUUUAUGAUAUGCAAGUUAUAUCUCACUUUUUAAAACUGUCUGCUAAGAGCCAUAAAAAUUUUAUAUGCCUCUUGUUAAGUUAUAAGCAACUAGAAAUGAGUUUAAAAUAAUUCUCAACCUUUCCAACACUUUUCAAUUCACCACAGCUACUGAACUUGACUUUUGCCACCUACGGCCAGGUGAAGGAGAAUAUUUUAAAUGCUGUAUAGACCGCCCAUCUGCUUGUAGGGAAAUUAAGAGCUACGUAUUUUUUAAGAAACUAUAUUACAGGAACAAAUUAGUAUUAUUUCUUUACACUCAAAGAUCAUUAUAUUCUAAAAGAGAGGCACCAUUUCACAGAACAUAAAAACACUAACUAAAUCUUAUUCUAUCACCAUCCCAGUCAUUUCAACAAAGUGUACUAUUACCUAUUACUACCCAGAUACAGAAUCCCAUUGUAAAAAAAAAAAAAAAAAAAAAGUGGGGG